AUGUCUGACUUGUUACCAACGGUUAAUAUACAAAAACUCAUGUUGGCAACAAUUAAUAAUCCCUCAAAUGCAGUUGAAUGGACACUUGCAGAAAUAUUGAACCAACCACAAUCGAUGCAAAGAGUCAUAGAAGAACUCAACAUUGUUGUUGGGAGCAAUAGAUUAGUUCAAGAAUCAGACUUGGCACGGCUAAAUUAUGUCAAAGCUUGCAUAAAAGAGGCCUUUUGUCUCUACCCAAUAUCGCCUUUUAACGUUCCUCAAGUCUCUGUUUCUAGUACUAUUAUUAGUGAAAAAUACUUCAUCCCCAAAGGGAGUGUGGUGCUAUUAAGUCGUCUUGGACUUGAUCGGAAUCCUAGAGUUUGGGAGAAGCCGAUGAAGUUUAAGCCUAAGCGCUAUCUCAAGAAAAACAAUGGUGAAGUAGUUCUCAAUGAUUCAGAGUUACGCUUGUUAUCGUUUAGUAUUGGACGACGAGGGUGCCUUGGUGUGAAACUUGGUUCUACCAUUACUACCAUGUUACUUGCUAGGCUUCAUGACGGGUUUACUUGGAGAUUACCGCCAAAUUCACCACGCAAUGACUUAAUUGAGUCAUGGAAGAGUGAUCUCUUUUGUGCAUUGCCACUUCUUGCUCAAGCAAAACCAAGAGUAGCUGAGACAAUCUAUCCUUAA